AUGAGUGGCCCAUCAAUAACUAUACGAGAUACAGAAAAAGAUCGAGUAGAUUUCGUACUAAAUGAUGUAGAUUUAGCAAUGGCAAAUUCAAUAAGAAGAACAAUGUUAGCAGAAGUUCCCACCUUAUCAAUAGAUUUAGUUGAAAUAGAUGUAAAUACAUCAGUAUUAGCAGAUGAAUUUUUAUCACAUAGAUUGGGACUAAUACCUUUAGUUAGUGAAGGUAUUGAAAAUUUAUCAUAUUCAAGAGAUUGUACUUGUGAUAAUUAUUGUCCAAAAUGUUCAGUAAAAUUAAAUCUUACAGCUAAAUGUGAUACUGAUUCAACAAUGAAUGUUUAUGCAUCAGAUUUAGCUAAAUUUCAUAAUGGGUCUAAAUUGGGAGAUCCAGUUAUAAGAGAUCCUUUGGGGAGAGGUCCAAUUAUAUGUAAAUUAAGAAAACAUCAAGAAUUAAAUAUCACUUGUAUUGCUAAAAAGGGAAUAGCUAAAGAACAUGCCAAGUGGUCACCUUGUUCAGCUGUUGGAUUUGAAUAUGAUCCAUGGAAUAAAUUAAAACAUACAGAUUAUUGGUAUGAAGUUGAUGCUAAUGAAGAAUGGCCCAAAUCUGAAAAUUGUACAUGGGAAGAUCCACCAGAUCCAGAAGCUAAAUUUGAUUAUAAAGCUAAACCAUCAACAUAUUAUUUUAAUGUUGAAACGGUGGGGAAUUUACCACCAAAAGAUGUUGUCACUCAAGGGAUAAUAGCAUUACAACAUAAAUUAGCUGCUAUUUCUAUUGAAUUAAGAAAAGAAAAUGUUGAAAGUAAUGAUGCAGCAGCUGGUGGAUUUACAACUUAUGGAAGAACAGAUUAUGGAGGUGGUGAAACUCCUGGUGCUACUACUCCUUAUGGUACUCAAUUCGGAUCAAAUAGUUAUGGAGAUACUGGUAAUUAUGGAGGAACUGCUUGGAAUUAA